UUUUAAAUACAAUAUUGGUUAGUUGAUUGAGUUGAUGAUGAAACCGGCAUGGUUUAGUUAAUGAUGAAAUCUUGGCAAAUUUUUAAAAGUGUUUAAAUUACAGAAAACUAUGAAUUUGACACCGCCUGUAGCCAGUUCAUCAAAAACUCCAACAAGCGAAGAACGGAAGGCACGAAUGAGAGAAUACAGCCGUAAACGUCAAGCAAAUAAAAGUGAUGCGGAAAAAGAAGCCGAUAAGCUAAGGUCGCAACGACAAAGAUUAAAAAUGACCCCAGAACAACAGAAAGCAGAAAAACGAAGACUUCAUUUAAGAAACGAAAGUCAAAAGCUACAAAGAAUGAAAUUACCCCCGCCAUCUAAAUAUGUUGCUCGAAAUCCGGAUAACCGGCCUGACGAACACUAUUUGGGAACAAAAAGUUUUAAAUGCGUACAUUGUGGAGCUUUACAUUUCAAUGGAGAAAAGACAUUUAAAGGACAUGUUUCUCAUUGUUGUGAGAACGGAAGUGUAACAUUACGACAACUGAAUGAUUAUCCUUUGGAACUACGGGAAUUAGCUACCCAGAGCACCGAAAACGGCAAAAAUUUUAUGAGAAACGUACGGAACUUUAAUAGCGCCUUCGGAUUUGCAUCAUUUGGGCAUCAACCAGUUAAACUUCGUGGUGGUCCUCCAACGUUUGUCAUCCAUGGUCAAGUCUACCAUCGCACAACAACAUCCAUUAAACCCAGUGACAACUUCGACAACAAAGAAACAGAACCAUCCUAUGCUCAACUUUACUUUUUGGAUCCCGAAUAUGCAAAUAACAUGCGGUCUCAGAACACACACAACGAGGGAUGCAGAAAAGAAGUUUUUGAUAUUAUUGAAAAAGUCCUGCGACGUAAUCCAUUUGCCGAAGCCUUUAAAAUGAUGAAAGAUCUCAUGGAUAUAAAUCAAAAUACAAUUGAAAUGUGGAUUAUUAAGGAUAGACAACAUGACCCUCGCCGAUACAAUUUGCCUGUAGCAAACGAAGUUGCUGCAGUGUUUGUUUCUAAAGAUGGGGAACCUGGAUUUAAACGAGAUAUGGCUGUUUAUGAUAAGGGAACUGGACAGUUGCAAAAUAUCGAUAUAUUUAGUCCAAAUUGUGAUCCUAUGACCUAUCCAAUUAUGUUUCCGUUUGGCGAUGCAGGAUGGCAGCCUGGAAUUAAGAAAGCUGACGAGACAAGAAAGGUUGUAAAUAUCUCCAUGCUGGAAUUUUAUUCCUACCGGAUGCAAGAACGAGAGUCUUUUAACCCAAUCCUUCAUUUAGGCAAACUGACGCAAAUGUAUAUUGUGGAUGCAUUUUUGAAAGUCGAAGGUGGACGGUUAGUUUGGAAUAAAACAAAUCAAAAGAAAUUGCGAGUUGACAUGUACAGCGGCCUUAUGGAUUACGUACACAACCAGGCGGAAAUAAAGGAUUUAAAGCCAGGACGAAUUGUUAUUUUGCCAUCCAGUUUUACAGGAAGUAAACGCGCUCUAACUCAGAAUUAUCAGGACGCAAUGGUCAUAGUUGGGAAAUACGGAAAGCCAGACUUAUUUAUUACUUUCACGUGCAAUCCCACAUGGAAGGAAAUCCGCGACGAAUUAAAACACAAAGAAACAGCAAUUGAUAGACCGGAUUUGGUUGGGACCGUUUUUCAUUUGAAGCUAAAGGAAUUUAUUAACGAUUUGGUGUCUAACAAGGGAGGAGUUUUUGGAAAAGUAAAAGCGUUUAUUUACACAAUUGAAUUCCAAAAAAGAGGUUUGCCCCAUUGCCACAUGUUAGUUAUUCUUGACGAUGAAGACAAAUUUCGCGAAGCCGCUGAUGUUGAUAAUGCAGUUUCUGCUGAGAUUCCGGAUCCUGUUGCUGACCCAGUUCUAUUUCAAAUAAUAACGUCUUGCAUGAUGCAUGGCCCGUGCGGUGAACUUAAAAAAGAUGCCCCUUGCAUGGAAGAGAACAAAGGGCAUAUUUCCUGCAUUAAAAAAUUUCUAAAAGAAUUCUGCGAUGAAACAAAUAUUAAUAUAAUCGGUGGGUAG